GAGAGAGAGAGAGAGAGAGGGAGAGUUUGAAGAGUGUAGGCUGACAGUCUUUGGCUUUAGUAUUCCAUGUGAGGUCGUGGCGAGAGGGUUUCAUUCGUGUGUGGAUGUGGUAGUGUGGAGUGGUGGAGGUCCCUGCUGGAUGAUUUACCUAACAGAAGGUUAGCAUCAGAACGGUGGCUAUCCUCCUCUUUAACUUUCCCUCUGCAACAACUGAAGUGCGAGAGAAAGCUUCCAACUCUUCUUUGCAACAACCACGCCAUCUUCAGUACAGUUAAGCUCCCCUGAGUAUACUGUACUGAAAUCCUCAUCCUCUGUCCGUACAGGCAGCUCCUUGGAGUAUACUGUAUCGGAACAAAAGCCUUGCCUGCUUGGCUGCCUGCCUCUGAGUGAGUGAGUGACAAGCGCGUGACGGGUAGGAGACGGUUUUGGUGAGAAGAGCCGUAGAAGAAGAAGGAAACUGAGUCUAGCUCUCGACUGAGAUUGACCUGCUGCCCCCCGCCCCGGUCUACUAGAUAGCGUUUGACCCGACGAACUCUGUCCAGCGUUGCCGUCCCUGCUUCCCCCAGACGUCGUCCCUUUCUUCCAACCCAAGGGCUUGUUGUUGUUGCCGCUGUUGUUGGUUCUGCCGCGUCCUCCGGCAGAUAUAUUUCCUCCUCGUGAGAGGCGUCUUCAGGAAGUCCACACUUCCUACCCCUAAGGGCUUAUUGCUGCUGCUGCCACUGCUUGCUGCUGUUGCUCCUGCCGGCGCCGUGUCCCCCGGCAGGUCAUUUCCCCUCGUGAGAAGUCUCUGAAAGGAAGUCAUCAUCAAGAAAUCAAUCACCAUGCCCAUGUUCACCAAACUCGGCCACAAGACGUCCACAGCGGCCAAGUCGAGCGGCCAGUCGGCGGCCAAGGCCAACGCCGCCACUGCCAAGCCUGCUCCUGGGACGCCCGGAAGCACCUCCUCGACAAUACUCGGUGGCAGAAACGUCUACAGAAAGAGCUGAUGUCGCUGCUGAAGGAACCCCCACCUGGUGUCACAGUCGACGUUGAUCAAGCACACACGAAGCUUACAGAGUGGGUUGUUCAUAUGGAAGGCGCCUCAGGCACCCUUUACGAAGGCGAAAAGUUCCAGUUACAGUUUAAGUUUUCACCAAAAUAUCCAUUUGAUUCUCCAGAGGUGAUAUUUGUUGGAGACAAUAUUCCCAUCCAUCCACAUAUCUACUCGAAUGGGCAUAUAUGCUUAAGCAUUUUAACAGAAGAUUGGUCCCCAGCCUUGUCAGUUCAGGCUAUUUGUCUAUCCAUUAUUUCUAUGUUAUCAUCAUGUAAAGAAAAGAAACGACCACCAGAUAAUAGUUACUAUGUAAAAACUUGCAGUGCCAACCCGAAAAAAACAAAAUGGUGGUAUCAUGAUGACACUGUAUGAUAUGAUGCAUGUAGCCGCAGUUGUAUCCCUUAUCUCAACAAGUCGCUCACCCUUGCAUAUAAAGAAUAGAUCUUUACUGCAUUAUUUGAGAAGCAGUGAAGUUGAACUGUUGGUGCUGACUGUAUUAGAAUGUUUAAUAUGCAACUACACAUUGAAUUGUUAGUGAAUCCUCACAGAAAAAGAAAGAAACAUGCCAGGAUGGAUUCUGCUUGUGCCCAGUGGUAAGUUUAGAACCAUUUAGGAACUUGCAAGAUGUUUAACAACUUAUGAUCAUUAACAGAAAUCUAAUUUAUGAAGUCAAGACAGUGAUAAAAUACCAGAUGGUCAUCAUGUAUUGAAACACUGAAGAAUACAGUUAUUUGCUGUGCAUUGUGUCUACAUUUGGUGAUAUCACUGUAACAACACUAGGAUAUACGUAUCUGUAUUUGGUGAUACCACUGUAACUACCAUAGGAUCUAUCUACAUUUAGUGAUAUCACUGUAAUUACCCUAGGAUCUAUCUGUAUUUGGUGAUAACACUGUAACUACCCUAGGAGUAAAAUUAAUUUAGUAUUUGAUUUCCUAUUUUUCCUCUGCAUCUGUUGGUGCGCUUUUCACUCAGUAAAACGUUGUACAGUUCUUUAAAGGUUAUGAAUUACAUUAUACAGUAUUAAGAUAGUAAUGACACAUUUACAAAUAAAUUCAAUUUACAUUUUUGUUAUUGUACCUGUACGUACCUUGUAGUUAUUACUGUAUAUUAUUAGUUAUGUAAUGAUACGUUAGAUAUAGGAGCAGACUUAUGGAAUGAAUUAAAAAAAAAUCAUACAAGUUAAAAGUAGAUGUAGCUCUAGCAUCAGUUGUGAAGUAUAGGGUACCUUUAUCAUAUGUUUAAGAUGCUUAACUCUUUUUAACUUAGGAUAGGACAGUUGGUUCCUGAAAAAACCCAUUCUUCUAUCUGCUUUUAUUUUCUCUUUUAAACAAGUCUUUUGACUAAUAAUUUUCAUUGUAUAUCUGUAUAUCUGGGUUAUUUUCUUAUUACAGUCCAUCAUAUUCAGUGACUAUUUUUGUAACCAUAUGUAAUGUCUGUACCAAGGUUUCCAUUUCCAUAUACUACAUAUAUACAUAUAUUUUUAAGUUUUAUGGAACAGUAGAUUUUCUUAUUUACUGCUGACUGCACCAUGAAUUCUAAAUUUCUGUAACAAAGUAUUGUUUAUUUGCAAUGUUAAGUUUGGCAUCAUAGUUUCCAGAGCAAUAAAGAACAAAAAUAAGAGUAUUGUACGUUUGACACUAAAAACUUAAGACUAUAUUUUCAGUAAUUAUAAUUGUUCAUAAGAAAGUUAUUGCUGCAUCAGAAUACAAAGAGCAAUAAAACAUGCAAGUCCAUAAUACUAAAAAUUUGAGGGGUUUUAAUAAACUAAACAACUAUAAUUGUUUCUCUUCACUUAAUAAUUAGUGAAGUGAAGCAUUCUGUUAUUUAAGGUUUACCCCAUAAUCAUUGGUGAUCACAAGAGAAUGCGUAUUGGCAAAUAUAAAGCUGUUGUAAAAUCAAAGGCAAUUUGAGAGUUUACUAGUACUUUCCGAUAAAGAUUUGUUCCUUCUUUAAUAAAGAUUUGUUUCUUCUUUAUUACCUCUCAAAAACUAAUUAAAUGCAAAAAAUUUUUUUUUCAAAAGUAUGUAAAGCAGUUGCUUUCAGAAUACUGUAAUUCACUUUUAGCCGUUUGUUUAACACAAAAAAAAGUGGGGGAGGGGGAGAAUAAAAGCCAGGAACAUCCAAUAAAGUAAAUUAUUCUGACUCAGGUGAGUUGUGGGCUUGAAAGUUUUGGAAAGUAAAAUACAGACAAGUAAGUUUUUUUUAAUCAAUUAGUAUUUAACUUCCAUGAACUUAUAAUCAACAUUAACUGCUACUUAUUGCUGAUAUUUUGGAAUAUGAAAUAAAUAAAUAUUUGAUAUACAGAAUGGAUAAUACAUUUGCAUCAACAGCUGAAUUGAGGAAUAAGUAACACUGUAAUACAUAUAGUGUAUAUAGCAAUGUCAGUUGCUACUUGAAUACUUAAAAACUUGGCCUUCAACAGAAUUUGCUUAAGUGUUAAUUGUUUUCAUAGAAAUGGAUGGAAAAAUUGUAUGCCUUUCUUUAUAUCUUGUUGCUUUGGAUUUUCCAAACUGUUAGAAGUACCUAACCAACGUAAGCGAUGCCCCAACCAGUCAACUUGAUAAUGCUCAAAGAACAUAUACUGCAUUGGGUGUUUAUGAAAAACCUUGUUAAUAACAAAAGCAUUUUUAUGACAACGAUAUCAGAGGAACAAUGUAUAUUACCUUACAAUUAAAUACCUCUCAACAAUAAUGAAUGUGAUAACAUUAAACUCAUAGUAAAGAGUUGUGUAAAUCAGUGCUUCAAGACUGUGACCAUUAUGUUUAAAGAGAAAUAUAUUUAUCAGUAUUGUUUUUAUGUAAUGAAGAAUGAAUGAAGUUUGAUGUGAUUACAGUGACCAUUCUCAUGACUUUUUAUUAUGGUAAUGUACCUGUCAUUUCAUUUUGUACUGUUGCAGCAAUGUCUCAGAUAGCUUUCAGUAUCUUUGCAUUGCAAUGUGAUCUUUCUACAUGUUAUAAUCAUAUUGUAAUUUAAUAGGUUAAUGACUGAUUUAUAUACUGUUAAAAGCUCUGCCUAACUUUUUUCUUUUUACGGCCCAAAUACUUAAAUCGCCUUUGUAAAGUCAACUUAGCAGCACAUUAUUGAAGACUUUAAUGCCCAAUAUAUAUACAUAUAUACAUAUUUAUUUUUAUUUAGUGCUUUGUCAUCACUCUGUCAUGCUUGCAUGAAUCUGUGUCUCAUCUUUUAAAAAAUUCUUAUAUAACUGUAUACUAUAUUGUAAAUGAAGUAUUGCAAUCAAUUAUGAUUUCUAAGUAGAUUUUUUAACAGAAAUAACCCAAUUUUCAAGUAAAGCAUAGCAUAAGGCUUUUUAAGUUGCAGCAAUUACACAAAGUAUUCAAAUGUUCAUGUCUAGUAAAGUAAGUUUAAGAGAAUGAUUUGAAGAUCCAACAAUUUUUUUUUCAAAGUGAUCAUCACCAUUGUAAAGGUGAACUUUGACAUUUAUGUUCAACCAAAAUUUAGUAAGGGCAUUAUAUUUUUCUAUAAAAGGUAAUAUUUUAAAGUUAUUAAAUAAGGAGGUGCCCAAAAACAUUGGAAAAUUAAUCAGCCAACUGGUUUUACUUCAAAAUGAAAUUAUUCUUACCAUAGCAUAUAUCAUACUUGGUACAACAACAAGUCUGUAUAAAGAAAGUAAUCAAACAUUGGAAUUUAUGCCAUUCUAUUCUACAGCAAUGUCUUUGAUACAAGAGCAUAAUUACAUAUGUGGGGGCACUGUUGCAUGUCAGAUGCACCUGACUAUUUGUAAGCAAAUUGAAUGACAAAACCCAGGCUAGUGUCAUUUUCAUGGAUUCAUUGUGACUGUUUAAUUAACAUUAAUUGCUGAAUUACUAUUUCAUCACAGUAGUCUAGAUUAAGAAUGAUAUUUUACAUGCACAGGUGAUAAUUUCAGAGCUGGAAAAUACUGAGCUAGUGCUAUAGUUGCCAAUUAUCUUAGUUUAAUUAGUGCAAAAAUAGACCUUUAGAUUACCUGAAAUCACUGGGUACAAGAAACUGCCUCAAUGUUUUUACUAAAAUACUGAGUGACUAAGAACACAGUAAUGUUACAGUGUUGUACAGUGCAUGCAGCUAGCUUCUAUAUAACCUUUUUCAAAACUUUGAAGUGUCUUAAAUGAUAUCAGUAUCUGAAAGUGGUUUUUGUUGUCACAUUUAAUUUCAUGCUUUAUAUAUACCAAGGUCAUGCCUUACAAUCUGCUAUAUUUUACUUUAUAAUUUUAACCAAGCACUGGUAGUAGUUCAAGUAACAGCAAACACUUGAAAGGAUGGUGUUAAUAUUGCAUAGAGAUGGAGGACCAUUUGUUCACUAUUUAACAAAUCACUUGUGAAUAGUACGUACAAGGUACCCCCAUGUCAAGUAGGGAAUAUUUGAAGAUAAUCAUUCUAAUGUAUGUACCAUCUAUACUCUAUGGACAUUUAAGAAUUUAGGCCGUUGUUUUGUAACUCCUGAAGCACAAAAUAGCACCAUAUAAAAGGAAAAAUCAAUCAGACUUUAAAACAGAUAUUGUGAGCUUAAAAGAACAUGCAACUUGAAUGCCUAAUUCUAUAUACUUAUAGAACUUUCUUGGUUUCAACUUUUUAUUGUGCAGUUUUGUACUUCUAUUUCUGAAUUACUGAUAUUACAACAAGGAACUUAUAUUAUGCUCAGACCUCCUUUCUUGGCAUAUCAUUAGAUAGCAAUGUAGUGCAUGUUCCUGUUAUGAACCAAAGGUAGGAUAUACAAUUUUUCUUUCUUGUUUAUUCUAUUUCUCUGGCAAUAUAAUGUGAGGAUCACCAACAUUGUAUUUCCAGAAUUAAUUUGAAAGCACCAGCCUUUUGUUUGUAAUGGUAUGGCUGAUGGGCAUAAAAUUAUUUUCAAGUACUGUUUGCGUAGGACUGUUGGAUAGCAUAGCCUGACCAAGGAAUGGAAAGAGCUUGAAGCUCUUCCCUAAAUUUCAAAAUUGGAAUAGAUUAGAAUUACUUUACAAAAAAUUAAAUGUCUGUGGCUGGUCCACAAGUAAAUAGUGAACAUUGAUUAAUAUAAUAAAAACUAAAUUAUUUGAUUAAUCCAUAUUAUUUAUUGUAAAAAAAACUUUUGAGUUUAGUCUCAUCACUCAAAAUCAUUUUUAUUUUGCAAUAGGCAAAUUCUGAGGAAAAAAUGAAAAACACAGCCUAACAAAUUGCUGAGACUGGUUGUUCAAGUAACUUUGAAAUUACUUAUUAGCAAAGUAAUUUUUAAGAUCAACUUGGCAAUGACCAUGACAGUUAUUUGGAUGUAAGACUGUGUUUAGUCAUCAUUAAAUAUGAAAUACAUAAAUAAACUAUAAAUAAAGAUUGGGAAAAGAUAAAUUAUAAUUAUACAUAGGAUCUGCAAGACAAAGGAGAAAUAAUGUUUAAGCCCCGUCCACACGGUCGAACUUUGCUCGACAGACUUUGUCCAAUGUGAUGUCAGAAGCGGGAAAAGUCAGAACCUUAUCCACAGUUUCUCUGCUUUUGACGUCACAUUGAACAAAGUCUGUUGGGCAAAGUUCGACAGUGUGGACCGGGCUUUAGAAAGAAAACAAAAUAUUAAAGAUGGUUAGGAGUCUACAAUGAAAAGUUUGAUAUGGGUGAAGGCAACAAAGUUGCUAAGAAAAAUGCAAUCUUGGACUCAGGGCUUGGAUGUGGUUUAAAAUCGUUUCAGAACUAACCUUCAUACCACAUAGAGUUCCUACAAUCAUGUUGGUAUCUUACAUGCAGAAAGGCAGCAAGAGAGCAGUCAAGUCAGGGCCUACAAUGAAUUAUAAAAGCAAUGGGGAAUACAAUGACCCUGCUUUCAAGGCUCUGGCAAAAUAGCCAUUUUAUGUACAACACUACUGAUAAUUAUGAAUGGGACAUUUCCUUUUUUCUCAAGUUACAUAAGAUUUUCAAAAAGUAGCAACAAAAUUAUCUUCAAUAUAUGAGAUCAUGCUUAUACAUUUCUGCAGUCUGUAAUAUAUUCAACAUAUUUCAGCAGCUCAUUAUGAUUUUACCCAGUACUGAUACAUUAUGAAUAAUGCUGAUGAUAAGAUUUCUGUAUUUUGCAUGUAAAGAAAACCCAGAUUAAACAAUCAUAGAAAUUUGGUAAAAAUCUCAGUCAAUUUCACUGAACCAUAGUAUAAAAACUUUUAAAAGUUGUAAUUUAGUAAGUACAAUCUAAAUUCAUUACUAAUAGACCAAAUCCCUUGAGCUACCCGGUGAGAGCUAAAUCAAUUUAAUUGUUUGAUAAACUAUUUUAUUUAUAAUAAUAAUAACCCUUUCUUUUAGAAGGAAAUUAUCAAGAGUAUGUUGGCUUCAGGAUGCCAUUUAAUAUUGAUACCUGAGAAACUGGAUGACAGAUUCAUCAGUACAAAACUUUUUUAAUUAAAAGGUUUGGUAAAAAAAAAAGUUUAAAUACCUUUCAUUUUAGAGAAUCAUACACUGUAUGUUAAGAGGUAUUGUUUGUGUCCCGUAUGGUUUUUCAAAGCUCUAAAUGGAUAUAUAGUAUGUCGUAAUCUGCCUUUACUUGCUACCUAAGGAAUACAUCUCUCAGCCUAAUUUGCUAGGUUGUUAUAUAGAUACUAUCACAUCAGUGUUAUAAAUGAUAAAAUAUAGGCUUUAAAACCAGAGGACGAUACAGUAUGAGUAAUUUUUUUUCUGUUAACUGAUGUUUGGAAAUUUAAAUCUCGAGUAUAGAAUACUGCAGUAAUGACAGACAUAAAAAGGCUGAAAAUUUUUAGACUGGGAUGGCAAAUUUAUUACAUCAAUAGCUCAGCUGUUGCCAAAUAAGCUUUUGCUAGUAAGGUUAGUAUUUGCAUAGUUUAACUUUAUACUUGCUAUUUGUCAUAGUUCAAAGGAAUAAAAAUAAUCCUAUAAUGUAUGCCACUUAUAUUGUUAUUUUUUAAACUUGAUAAUCUAGUUUUUAUGUUGGUGGUACGAGCUCAUUAAUCAUGUUGAAAUAAUAUAAAUUUACUGUAGCUCUAAUGGUUUCUCAAUCUUUUACUUCAGGUUUUCCCAUCUUCAGUUUAUGUCUAUUUAAUUUUAUAUAUAUUGAAUAGCAGUUAAAAAUAAUUUCACACCAUUCUCUCAUAGUUAGAAGUUUUUGGUAGCAUCUUUCUUGGUUUUAGUUUUUACAUAAAGCAGUGUAUACCACAUAUUAUAAACUUCAGGUCCAAGAUUGGUUAUAUAAUUUGUAUUGACUGAAAAUGAAUUUUUUAAAAGCCAUUUUUGUUGGGGGCAAAGACACCUGUUCAGUGGUAAACAUCACCAGUUUCAAGUAGUUUUCUAUAGAGUUUUUCCUUUAAGUAAUGUUAUUUGAAAGUGUCAGGGAUUUUUAUAUUUCACUUACUUGCAAGUUAUUACUGUUUUUCUCACAUUACUAUGUAGUUGCAGCAUACAUACUAAACUGUGACAGCAAUUGCCUGACAUAUGCCCCACCUUUUAGUAAUUAUUAAUAUAAAUUAUUUACUAGGUAAUGAUAUUUUAAAAUUUUACAAAGCAGUAUGUACAUGAACUUUUAGAUGCAAAAGAAUAAUACAACAUGUGUAUGACUAAUUCAUAAGACAUUUAUCCUUUGUAACAUAGAGUUUUUAAUUAUAUUAAGCUCAGUCAUUGUAACAGAUUUUCUAAAAAUCAAGCUCAGUCUUUUUCUUUCAUUGUAGAAAAUGUUCAAGCUGUCUUGGCUUCUACUUAGAAUACCACAUUAAUUUUUUAUUGAAUUAGUACACUGGAACUACUACCAAAAAUGCUAGUGGAUUGAUUUUGAGAAAACCUAUGUUUCUGAGGUGUAAGCUCAUGUCAUGAGAGCAACCAACAUGAAAGCUAAUCUUUUUACAAAUAUAAGUACAUAACCACUUUCAUUUUUUUAUUGUUGAUAGAAAUGGCUGUAAUCAAAACAUUAAUUCAACAUGAAUCAUUAGUUGACAUCUGUUGAUUUAGAAAAUCCAUAUGAAUAUAAAAUUUUUAUGAAUCUUCAAAAGUCUUUAUUUUUUAUAAAUUCAUAAUGGAUACAAUUAUUUCAUUGUGUCCCGUGGCAAUCAUUUAUUACAGAGAGCAGAGCUAGUCAAUCAAGUUGUACCAAAGACCAAUAAGUUCUGCAGUUCUCAGUGAUAUUGUGCAAUAAAUUUAUCCUCAGUA